AGAAAACUAGCACUUCAACAGAUGUCCUCACAAUGCUGAUUAAAUUAUGAGGUAGUCACAGAAUAUCAUCCACAAUGGCAGCUGCAAGCAGUGGGCAGCCGUUUGAAUUUGAUAUAAGUCUUGAUCCUCUUCUUGUACAUGACAGUGGUAAAGACGAUGAGGAGAUAGAAGACCAUAGAACUGUGUAUCAAUGCUUACAAGAAACCCACUUACUGACCAAAUGUUUUCAAGCAUAUGAAAAUGUCAGAGUGGUCAAAAUAUCUACAGAACUUAGAAUAACUCUGACUGUAUCCUCUUUGGAAGAAUUUGAAGAAAUAAGGAAAGUUGUUCACAACGGAGAGCUGACUAAAUCAAUUACAGAAUUUGUUGUUGGUUUAGGAUUGGAAGUGGAUCUUGGUGUAUUUUCUCAUGUUGGUCAAAGUUCCCAUGUCAAACUGGAUGUGGAUCUGUUUGAUGAAAAAAAGACAACCAGAAAGGCUAAAAAUCAUUUUAAAAAUGUUCACAAGACGUGUGUUCCUGGGUGUGUAGGCAGCAUUGUUAUGCCUCCAAACUCUCAAAUGGCCAUCUGUGACAUGGAGCAGGAACCGGCUUUCAUCGGACCAAUGGACUCUUCACCAGGACCUCAGAUUCCAACCUCUCUGAGCCAAACACCACGCUAA